GUUUGUUUGGUAAACAAAGGUUCACACCGUGCGAAGGGCCCAGUCGCUCGAUUUCAACCCGGUUUUUUUUUUGUGUAAAAUAUUUGCCCGGCAGCAAUGAACUCCAACGUGUCCAUCCGGUUAGCUUGCGACCGGGUAAACAUUCCACUCAUCAGCGAUGAAAGCAAAAGCCAGCGUCUUUUCACACCCGGCGAGGUCGUGACGAGCCAGCAGGGCUUCAUGCGCGGCCACGGCACGUACAUGGAGGACGAUACGAUCAAAUCCUCUGUCGCGGGCGUGAUGGUACAGGUGAACAAGCUGAUCACGGUGAAAGCGCUCAAGGGCCGGUACGUGGGCGAGAUCGGGGACGUGGUGGUGGCGCGCGUCACCGAGGUGCAGGAGAAGCGCUGGAAGGUGGACACCAACUCGCGGCUCGACUCGAUGCUGCUGCUGUCCUCGGUCAAUCUGCCGGGCGGCGAGCUGCGGCGGCGUGGCGUCGAGGACGAGAAGCAGAUGCGCAAGUACCUGCAGGAGGGCGAUCUGAUCUCGGCCGAGGUGCAGAACGUCCACUCGGACGGGACGCUGUCGCUGCACACGCGCAGCUUGAAGUACGGCAAGCUGGCGCAGGGCAUACUGGUGAAGGUGUUCCCGUCGCUGAUACAGCGCCGCAAAACGCACUUUCACAAUCUGCCGUGCGGUGCGUCGAUUAUACUGGGCAACAAUGGGUUCAUAUGGAUCUCGCCGAUGAUGAACAGUGAAGGAGGUGAAGGAGGAGGCUUCACGCAAAACCUGGACGAUGUCGUGACGAAGGAAGAUCGCCAAACGAUUGCGCGGCUAAGAAACUGCAUCCUAGCGCUGGCCCACUGCAAGAUGAUGCUGUACGACACCAGCAUACUGUACGCGUACGAGGAGUCGCAAAAGUACGAAGUGUCCGAGCUGCUGCACCAGGAAUGCAUGACCGACAUUGCCUUCCUAACGCAGCACCGUUUGCGGGUACUGGAGGUGUGAGGCGGUGUUGAGAGUGUGUUGCAAAUAAAUUCAUCUUUUAUCCUCAGCUGGUAUGGGUGAUUCAGUGCAUAAAAUAAUGAAAUAUGUUUUUC